AAAAUUUAUUUAUUUUUCUCAUGAGUUCUUCACGUCAAAUUGUGCUUUCUAUUGAUCCUUUGUCAGAGGAAGCCGACUACACAGUUCAGUGGGUGGCCGAAAACUUUUUACGCAAAACGGACAACAUAUAUAUCUUUAUGGUCUUGGUUGUCGAGGAUGAUAAUGACGUAUCGGAUGAACUAGAGGCUGUGGUUUUUGAUGAUGGAACCCUGUCGGAUAUUCAGAAAGAGACUGCUGCCCAGAAUUCUUUGGCUAUGGCCAACAUAGUAAAGAGGUUGAACGCCAAAGGAUUCAAUAAUGUAUCAUACCGCAUUUACAAAGCAAUGGCUUCCAAAGCUUGUGAUACUCUGGUUCAGUACAUCGAUUCUCAGAAAACAGAUUGCCUUGUGAUGGGAAGUCGCAGUCUGUCGGGGUGGAAAAGAUUCUUCAUGGGAAGCUUUAGUGAUUAUGUCCAGUCUCAAGCCAAGUGUCCUGUUCUGAUUGUUAAAUGAUAAUGAUUUAUACAUUAUUUGCACAU